GCGUCGGGUUCGAGACUUAAAGUCUCAACAUGAAAUCCGUUCUGCUUCUUACAGCGCUCUUUGUCUGCGUUUUCGCGGCGCCGGAAAAGUAUAUCGUCGGUGAAACUGCAGAGAUUGUAGAAGAUAAAGAUUUUAUUAAUUAUUCGUAUACAGUUUCUGUGCAAUGGACGAAUGGAAAUGAUGAAAAGUAUUAUCAUAUUUGCGGCGGUGCAGUCAUUGGAAAGAAACAUGUAUUAACAGCAAAGCAUUGUUGUAAGGAUUUCGUGACUGACAAUUUGGUUGUUAUGGCCGGUACAAAUGAUAUUACCGUAAAUGAUGAUACAAAUGAUCAUUUGUACAAAAUUAUACAAAUAUUAAAAGAGGAAAAUGUAUUUCCCAAAGCACCUCUUAAGGACGAUCUGUGUGUAUUAGAAUUACAAAAAGAAAUUGAAAAUGAUAAAAAUAUAAGAUCAAUUGAAUUAUGUUAUGAUGGCAUAACUGAAGAUACUGGAAACUUAAUUUUGAGCGGUUGGGGUGUAACUGAUUCUAGCAAUGAAAUGUCAUAUACAAAUCUAAAAGUGGAUAGAAAUUUGAAGAUCUUGCCACGAAAAAUUGAAGAUUUAAGCGAUGAUAAAACUUGCGACGGAAGAUUGAAUAAUAUGGGUAUCGAACGUAAACUAGAGAAAGAAAAUAUUUGCACCGAAAAUAAGAAUGGAGUAACUGCUUGCAAAGGAGAUUCUGGUGGUCCACUAGUUUCUAACGGGAAGUUGAUAGGAAUCGUUACUUGGGGUAUCGUUCCGUGCGGUGUGUCAAUAGUUCCAACUAUUUAUACCGGUAUUAAAGAUUAUAAAACUUAUUUGGAGAAAUACACGAAGAAUCCAGUAACUUCAAAGUAAAAAAAAACCGAUUUAGUUUA